AUGAUGUACAGAGAAUAUACUGUCCAGGUGAAACAAAAUGGAAAUCCCUCAGAACCAUUCACUUUAAGUUCUGGAGUAAGGCAGGGUUGUUUGCUUUCACCGCUGCUGUUUUUGCUGACAAUAGGUGGUGUCAUGGAGAAGGUAACUCGAAAGAAAAGGAGAGCUAUACAGUGGACACUAUAUGAUCGUCCGGAGGACCUGGACUUUCCGGACGACAUCUGCCUUCUGUCCCACACUUUCAAGGAUAUGAGUGAGAAGCUUCAGGAAUUGGAAACAGACGCUCAGAGAGUUGGGUUAAAAACAGACACAGGUUCUGACGAACAUCUCCGGCGGUGCCAGCCAGCCAGCCAGCCAGCCAGCCAGCCAAGCAGCAGCGGUCCAGCCGAGCAGCAGCGGUCCAGCCGAGCAGCAGCGGUCCAGCCGAGCAGCAGCGGUCCAGCCGAGCAGCAGCAGCAGCAGCAGCAGCAGCAGCGGUUCCGGCCAGCAGCAGCGGUCUAG